CCCUCCUCACAGAGAGAGAGAGAGAGAGAAGGAGGGGCGAUGAUUGACGUGCAGCCUUUCCCGCGGCAGCGCGCUGUUGCUGCCGCUGCUGUUUCAAACGCGCGCGUGCACAUCCUGCCGCGAGCUGUUGCCUCUCGCGCUGUCUCGUGCCCUUCUCCAGUCGCUGACUGUUGGCUUCGCUUUGCUUCACCUACUGCUCCUUCUGCCGCCUGCGGUGCUUACGGAUAACUGCUAAAAUGACUACUGUAUAAAUGCCAUAGAAUAAAUGGCGUCCAAAGUAACAGAUGCUAUAGUCUGGUACCAGAAAAAGAUUGGGGCAUAUGACCAGCAAAUAUGGGAAAAAUCUGUCGAACAAAGAGAAAUCAAGUUCCAGUUUACUUUUCCUCCUUUUUCAUCCUGUCAUUGUUUUGAACAGUUUAUUAAAUUGGGUUUGAGAAACAAGCCAAAGAAAACUGGACAUGUAAAGCCAGAUCUCAUAGAUGUCGAUCUUGUACGAGGCUCUGCGUUUGCUAAAGCAAAACCAGAAAGUCCCUGGACCUCUCUGACUAGAAAAGGAAUUGUGAGAGUUGUUUUCUUCCCAUUCUUCUUCAGGUGGUGGCUACAAGUAACAUCAAAGGUUAUUUUCUUCUGGCUCCUUGUCCUUUAUCUUCUUCAAGUUGCUGCAGUAGUAUUGUUCUAUACAAUAGAAGGCACACAUAAUAUACCUCUGACUGAAGUAAUAGGUCCUGUAUGGCUCAUGUUGCUCCUUGGAACUGUGCAUUGUCAGAUUGUUUCAACGAGAACACCUAAACCACUUCCAAGCACAGGAGGAAGAAGGCGAAGGAAAUUAAGGAAAGCAGCACAUUUGGAAGUACAUAGGGAAGGAGAUGGCUCUAGUACCACAGAUAACACACAGGAAGGAACAGUGCAAAGCUACGGUACAAGCACCUCUUACAGUAUUGGCGCUGUCUUCAGAGAUAUCUGGCAUGCCGCUUUCUUUUUAUCAGGAGCAAAGAAAGCAAAGAAUUCAAUAGAUAAGUCAACAGAGACUGACAAUGGAUAUGUCUCACUUGAUGGAAAAAAGACAGGUAAAAGCAGUGAAGAUGUUUUACAGUCCCAUGAGCCACACUGUGAAGUUAUGAGAUCAGAAGAGACAUGCUGGAGUACAGGAGCAGUCAGAAAUUCAUUCAGUAAUACAAAUCAUCACAAAUUGUCCACCAAUUUGUGGAGCACCCCACCUUUGGACCACCAGGAGGAUAAUCACAGAACAGUGACAAAUGUGUCUGAUGAAGUUUCAAGUGAGGAGGGGCCAGAAAUGGGAUAUCCCUUGCGCCGCAAUGCAGAACGUGCUUUCAGUGAUGGUGCAUUUCGGAACAGGAAAUCCCACCAUUAUAAGAAACAUUUUCCUGUAGAGGAUGUCCCUAAAUCAGGUACUAGUUGUAGUUCGCGAUGUUCAAGUUCCAGACAAGAUUCUGAGAGCACAAGGCCGGAGUCUGAGACAGAAGAUGUGUUGUGGGAGGAUCUUUUGCAUUGUGCAGAAUGCCGCUCAUCCUGCACCAGUGAAACGGAUGUGGAGAACUCUCAAGUUAAUACGAAGAAAGAGUAUAGAGAUGAUCCAUUUCAUCAGAGUCACUUGCCCUGGUUCUAUAGUUCUAACCCUGGGUUAGAAAAAGUAAGUGCAAUUGUUUGGGAAGGUAAUGAGUGCAAAAAGGCUGAUAUGUCAGUGCUUGAGAUCAGUGGCAUGAUAAUGAACAGGGUGAACAGCUACAUACCAGGAAUAGGAUAUCAGAUUUUUGGAAAUGUUGUCUCUUUAAUCCUGGGCUUAACACCAUUUGUAUUUCGGCUUUCCCAAGCUAAGGAUCUGGAGCACUUAACUACACAUUCUGCUACUGAACUUUAUACUAUUGCAUUUGGGUCAAAUGGAAACAUUAUGGUUCUUUCCAUGGUUAUAGUAUGCUUCAUAGUUCGUGUUUCCCUAGUAUGGAUUUUCUUCUUUCUAUUAUGUGUGGCUGAGAGAACCUACAAACAGAGGCUACUUUUUGCCAAACUCUUUGGCCAUCUAACAUCUGCAAGGAGGGCAAGAAAGUCAGAAGUUCCUCAUUUCCGGCUAAAGAAGGUGCAGAAUAUUAAAAUGUGGCUUUCCCUCCGCUCCUAUAUAAAGCGUCGAGGUCCUCAACGGUCAGUUGAUGUAAUAGUCUCAUCUGCCUUUUUGUUGACUAUUUCAGUUGUAUUUAUCUGCUGUGCACAGCUACUCCAUGUACAUGAGAUCUUCCUUGAUUGCCAUUACAAUUGGGAACUAGUGAUAUGGUGCAUUUCAUUAACUCUCUUUCUUUUAAGAUUUGUUACACUUGGAUCUGAAACAAGUAAAAAAUACAGCAAUACCUCAAUAUUACUUACUGAACAGAUAAAUUUGUACUUGAAAAUGGAAAAGAAGCCGAACAAGAAAGAAGAACUGACAUUAGUGAACAAUGUUUUGAAGCUUGCUACAAAAUUACUGAAGGAGCUGGACAGUCCUUUCAGGUUAUAUGGAUUGACAAUGAAUCCUCUGCUUUAUAACAUCACCCAAGUAGUCAUUCUGUCUGCUGUUUCUGGUGUUAUCAGUGACUUGCUUGGAUUUAAUCUGAAGCUCUGGAAGAUCAAAUCCUGACACUUUUCAGAAAAGGAAACUGGGCACAAUCUUCUGGAGAAGAGAACUGAUUGACUAAGCUACUUCAAAGCAGUCACUGAUUCUAUAUUUCAGAUGUUGCAGUCUCUUCAAGGAUUAUCAUUUGAAAAAUUGAAGUGUUUACAUCUGACUGUCUUGUGCAAUCAUAUUUAUUUUAUCUUUUCACUUUUUGUAAACUUUAUUUUACCUGACAUAUUUUAUUUUGAAACAUUAAUAGUUUUUGUUAUUGAAAGGGUCAAAAAUGGAUAUUCAGAUACUUGAGAUCCUGGUAAUUGGUCACACUAAAUUAUUCAAAUAUGCUUCAUCUGUUGUGAGAGAUGAAGCCCUAAUGCUAGGCUUUUGUACUUCAGAAUUUCUUGUUACAUCAAUGUCAUGCUGAAGUCACUUUAUUGAACAUGUACUAUAAAAUGUUUAAAACAUUUUAUGUCGUACCUUCCUUUCAGGGGUAGUAUCAGAGCACCAGCAUAUUGUUGGUUACAGUAGAAAGUGACAUUUACUGUAAUUACAAUGGAGUAGACCAGGUAACUACAUUUUUAUAUCAAUAUAUAUAUAAAUGCUAGAGCCAGCAAGUUUCUUACUGAAGUGAUUCCAGGACCCUAACCAUAUUGAACUGAAGUUUUAAGCAUUAUUGAAUAUUAAUAAGGUGUUACAUAGCAGAUCAACAAGUGCUCUUUGAUAACAUUUUUAUUAGAGCAAUAACUGUAAACUGUUACAUGCUGUAAAAUAUUUUGAUAAAGAUUAGCUAUAGUAUUUAUUUGAGACCCUGGGCUGUUUGCACAGCUCUGACUGUGCUGCUCAGUAUGUGCACUUUUAUUGUUACUUUUAAUAAUGAUCUUUAUAUAUACUAAAUAGACAAUAUUAUGGUGGACUAUGGUGCAAUAGUAUUACCUUUGAAAGGUUGAUAUAUUAUGUAUGAAGAUAAAUGCUCUCCCAUAGUGCACUGUAGUAUAUGUAACUUAUACCACACACAGAAUAUAAAAAAAUCGAUAUUAUAACUUGUAUAAAAUUAUAAGACAUGCAGCUUUUGAAAUUCCAAUUUUCAAAAUUCAAUCCUAAUUCUGUUUAGAAGUAAGCACUGAUUAUUUCCGUUAAACUUUCUUAAAUUGCUAACUUGGCUACAAUUCUAUCCACACGUGCUUUGGAGCAAGUCCCAUUGAACUUAUUGGGCUUAUUUCAGAAUAAACAUACAUAGAAUCGGUCUGUUACACAAUGCCCUGGCUUAGCUUUCUGUUUACUCAGAAGUCCUACGAUUUGCUGGGGCUUAAGUGUGAAUAAGACUGCAGCCUCUAGUGAUUUCAAUGGAAUGCUUUUAGGACUGAUGCAGAUCGUGGCCAUGUUGCAUCUGUUUUUAUUUAAUUUCCAAAAGGCUAAGGCUGCAAUUCUGUACAUACUUCCCUGGGAGUCCCAUUGAAGUCACUUAGUUCUGAAUAGAUAUGUAUAGGUUUGCGCAGUACAGAUAACAUUAGCCAAUACUGUCUUUAGCAACAAAUAAUUAAUUUUAUGUUACACAGUGAAGUACCCAGUUUGAACACUGGUGACUGUAACCGAGUCAACUUUAUCUAACAAUGUGCUACAUCAAAUGCAAACAGAAAUCUUGCUUUGUGCCUACUGAGACCUCUGGGAUUGUCCCAUUCACUUCAUUGGAGCAGUCAAUUUUACACGCACAAAUAUAUAUAUAUAUAUAUAUAUAUAUAUAUAUAUAUAUAUACAUCUAACAGCCUCUCCCUUGAGUCCAUGAAUUAACUCUCAUGCUCAGUGUAUGCACUGGAGCACACAUAGAGUUAUGGAUGACGUUAAGUGCAUCUGAAUAGAUAUAUAUUUUGGCUCUUGGAUUUUGCUAUUAGAUUGGUUCACUAUUUCAAGAGAGUCAAUUUAUUUCUUAAUAUAACCAAGAUGAACAUUCUUUAGAGCCCUCAAUAUGAGCUGCACAAUGAAAUUGUAAUUAAAAGCUUUAUGUUAAAAGGGACAGUAUUAUCAUGUUGAGCAGACAUAAAAUAUUCUGAACUUGAGAAUGUGUGCAUUAUGCUUAUUAUUCCAAUGUCAUAAUCUACUGGUCCAGAAACAACAGAAAAUGAUGGCUGAUCUGAAAAAAUAGUGAUAAUGGGGGGGAAACCAAAAUUCCAACCCCCUUUUCAGAAUUAUUGUAACAUAUACUUAUGUGGUAUAAGAUAUUUUAUAUAUAAAGCAAACAAAACAUUUUAUAUUUCAUUUGUUGCUGUACUAAUGUUUAAUAAUAAUAAUAAUGACCAAAGUGCAUUGUUGUUGUUGGGUCCCCUCCUCCCCAAGGAAUGUAUUACUGGAGCUUUAAGAACAUGCUGUGUCUAGUUUAUCAUGUAAAAAACUUUGGCUCUAUGAUCUGCUGUUCCUCUAUGUUGUCUGAUGUUGGGAUUGUUGUUUAGGAACUGUCUAUUUUAUAUAUUUUCCCCAAAUACGGUACAGACCUACACAGAACUCAAUUUUGCACAGAAUAUAUUUUAAGAAAAAAAAGGAUGGUAUGAUUUGUGUACGGAUAAAAAUUACUCUGUUUUCACAGCCUGCAACUCCUUUUACUUUUCUUUUUUAAAAGACCAAGUUAUUUUGAGAAUUAAAAUAUUAAUUAAAUGUUGACUAUCAUCUUGUUAAAAGCAGCAGCUUGAGUUCAAAGUAAUUUGAUUGUAACUAUACCUCAGCACCUAGCAAUAUGUGGAUUGUUGCACUAAUUAUGGCAGCAUGGGGAAACUUAAAAAUGAGGACUUGCAAAUAUGAAAGUACCUCACAAAAUAAAAACAAGAAUGUUUUAAAUGGUUGCCAUUUUGUCUAUCAGUCAAACAGGUGAAACCCUAAGCAUGUUUUACAUCCCUUAUUUGGAAAAAUAGAGGUAAGCAAAAAAGUGGCAGAUCUUGUCUGUUAAAUGUUUUUGACACAUGUUUGUAAUAGACAGCAUGAUCAGGCUUGGAAUAAAACAUUCUGUGGCUGAUGGUAUAAAGCAAAGCAUUGAAUUGUGU